GCAGCCCGCGGAGCAGCGCCUCGCCGCCGCGGGGAGCUCGCCCGGCCUGCCCUGAGCCGCGCCGCCGCCGCCGAGGUUUGUGACAGAAGGGCCUGGGAGCUCCCUCCACUGGUGCUGUGGGACGCUUCAGCCAAUCCAAUGCACCCUGACAACAAACUGCCCAGCCAUGGCAAGGCAGGCAGCAGCGGUGCCCCGGCCCAGCACCACAACGUGAGCCAAGCACCCACCUGCAACCUGGGCUCGAAGGGUGUGGGUGCAGGCAGCCAUGGCGGCAAGGCCACCCAGAUCUCCCCUGGCAACUCUGGACUGAAAAACAGCCAGAACACUGUCCCGAACUUCAGCUCCUUGAAAGGCAAGGUGAAACGGGAACGGAGCAUCUCAGUGGACUCUGGAGAGCAGAGAGAAGCUGGCACCCCGUCGCUGGACACAGAAUCGAAAGGCGAGGUGGCUCCCCGCAGCAAGCGGCGGUGCGUGCUGGAAAGGAAGCAGCCGUACAGUGGGGACGAAUGGUGCUCUGGGCCAGACAGCGAGGAAGACGACAAACCCAUCAGCAGUGCACACAAUUGUAAUGUAGCAGAUCCUGCAAUGUCCACGGCCUCGCAGCUUGGCCCAGGGUCCAACCCGCUGCCAAACCUGAAUGAGACCAGUUCUUCCAGCACACCUCAUGGUACUGCCCCAGGCUUACGGUCGGAUGGUGCGGGAGGUGGAGGUGGUGGAACAGGAAAGCAGCCUUCUCAGUUCGUCUACGUCUUUACAACGCACCUUGCUAACACAGCUGCGGAAGCUGUCUUGCAGGGCCGAGCUGACUCCAUUCUGGCCUAUCAUCAGCAAAACGUCCCACGGGCAAAGCUAGACCAGGCGCCAGCUCCUAAAGUGCUGGGAGUUGCUGAGCAGGUUCCGAUUAACCCUCCUUCUGCCAACACUCCCCAGUCUCAGCCACCAGCACCUCAAGCAAGUCAGCCACAGCCGCAGCCUCCUGCACCGCAGCCGCCUCCUCCACCUCAGGCCAUCAGUCAGACAGCCCUACCUGCACCCAACAGCCUGCCCCAGGAGGGCACGAAUGAAGAUGUCCGAAGAGAACUGACUCCCAACUCUCUAGGAAACAACAGCGGCAGCAACCAGCCUGGAAGUAACCACCCCAAUACACCCACUGCAUCUACCACCACCAUGCAGCCUGGGCAAGUGGACUCUGCCACGUCCAGCUCCAACCUCCUUGGGGAGGGCCCUGGCUCAGGGAUGCAGGGGAAUGGGCAGGCAGGUCUGGGCUCCAGGAACUCUAUGAACUCGGAAGGGCUCUCGAAGGAGCAGCUGGAGCACCGAGAGCGCUCUCUGCAGACCCUGCGGGACAUUGAGCGUCUGCUGCUGCGCAGCGGGGAGGCUGAGCCGUUCAUGAAGUCCAGCCAAAGCACUGGUGAGGGUGGGACUGCCCCUCAGCCACAGGCUGCCCCUGCCCAGCCCCCCGCACCCCCUGCCGGCAUGAAGAAGUACGAAGAGCCUCUGCAGUCCAUGAUUUCCCAGACCCAGAGCCUCGGUGGCCCCAGCCUGGAACACGAGGUGCCCCACCACCCCGGCACUGACAUGGGGCAGCAGAUGAACAUGAUGAUGCAGCGGCUGAACCAGGACAGCCUGACGCCAGAGCAAGUGGCCUGGAGGAAGUUGCAGGAAGAGUAUUAUGAGGAGAAGCGCCGGAAAGAGGAGCAGAUCAGCAUCCAUGGCCGACCCAUGCAGGAAAUCAUGAUUCCACAAUCUAUGGGCAGCAUGAUGAUGCGUGGCCCCCCCCCACCCUACCACAGUAAGCCUGGGGAGCAGUGGCCGCCAGGCAUGGGCAGCCAGCUGCGGGGACCCAUGGACGUGCAGGACCCUAUGCAGCUAAGAGGAGGGCCACCCUUCCCAGGGCCACGAUUCCCUGGAAAUCAAAUACAGAGGGUCUCUGGCUUUGGAGGGAUGCAGAACAUGCCCUUGGAUGCUCUUGGUCCCAUGAAUGCCAUGCAGAGGCCGGUCAGGCCUGGCAUGGGGUGGAGUGAUGAUCUGCCUCCGAUGGGAGGUCCCGGGAACUUCCCACAGGGCUCCCUGCCCUACCCAUCGGGGCAGGGGGACCCUGAAAGGUUCAUGAAUCCACGUGCCAGGGAGGAGAUUCUGCGGCACCAGCUGAUGGAGAAACGCCCGGUGGCAAUGCAGAGGCCCAUGGGGAUGUCCAGCAACUCCAUGAGCCAGGGUAUGGAAAUGGAGAGGAUGAUACAGGCUCACAGACAGAUGGAUCCAUCCAUGUUUGCUGGGCAGAUAGCAGGGGACAACCUCAGCAGCAACCCAAUGGGAAUGGAUUUUGCAGGAACUCGUGGGAUACUGAGUCCCCCUAUGAGCCAGUCAGGCCUUCGGGACAUGGACGCACCCAUGGGCCCUGGCAACCUCAACAUGAACAUGAAUGUCAACAUGAACAUGAACAUGAACCUCAAUGUGCAGAUGACCCCCCAGCAGCAGAUGAUGAUGUCGCAGAAGAUGAGGGGCCCUGACAUGAUGGCCCAUCAGGGUAUGAGCCCUGAGGAGCUGGCCAGGGCAAGGGCUCAGAAUGGCAAUGGCAGUGCAAUGCUGGGGGGACCGCAGAAAAUGAUGAUUCCCUCCCAGUUCCCCAGCCAAGGACAACAAGGUUUCUCAAGCGGGCAAGGACCUUACCCCAACAUGCCUCAGGAGAUGGGCAAUGCCUCAGACAUGUUCAGCCCUGAGCAGGGCGCCAUGCCUGUCGGAAGCAUCAGUGGUACCACCAGACUCAGCCACAUCCCCCUGCCCCCAGCCUCCAAUCCCGCUCCUGCACAAGGGGGAAACCUGGCCAAUAUGCACCCAGCACCUUCCCGUGGCUUGGGCCGCCGACCCUCCGACCUCACCAUCAACAUCAGCCAGAUGAACUCCCCCAGCAUGGGUCACCUCAAGUCCCCCACCCUCAGCCAGGUGCACUCCCCACUGGUCACUUCGCCCUCUGCCAACCUCAAGUCUCCGCAGACGCCAUCGCAGAUGGUCAGCAUGCCGCCUUCUAACCAGUCUGGGCCCCUGAAGUCUCCCCAGGUGAUGAGCUCCUCACUUAAUGUCCGCUCUCCGACUGGCUCACCAAGCCGCCUCAAGUCCCCUUCUAUGGCUGUUCCUUCCCCGGGUUGGGUGCCAUCUCCCAAACCCACAAUGCCCAGCCCAGGAGUCAACCAGAGCAAGCAGACACUCAGCAUGAACUCCUCCACGUCCAUGGCAGGACUGGAUCAGGGUUCUCUCCCUUCUGGGCCCAGGAGUAGUUCUUCUGCACCAGCCAGCAACCAACCAGCCUCUAGCACCAUGAACCCCAACAUGCCUUUUACUUCCUCUCCAGAUCCAUCCCCCUCCCAGAACCCCCUUUCUCUGAUGAUGUCUCAGAUGUCCAAGUACGCCAUGCCCAGCUCCACACCACUCUACCACAAUGCCAUCAAAACCAUUGCCACCUCUGACGACGAGCUGCUGCCAGACAGGCCUAUGCUUCCACCUGGAAGUAUGGCAGGUGUGACAGGGAAUCAAACAAAUCAGCUGCACUUAAACUCCGUGGGACCUGGAUCCUCCCAGAGCCCCAUGGGAAUCAACCUGCCUGGUCAGCAGCCUCUUUCCCACGAACCACCCCCUACUUCUAUGAUGUCCUCCCCAAACCCGCUAGGCUCCAACAUUCCUAUGCACCCGAGUGCGCCGGGGCCAGGGGUGCCCCCCCAGAACCCCAUGAUGCUGCCCCCAGGGCCCCAGGACUCGCUGAACCAGCAGUGCGGCCCCGUGCCCAACAGUUCACAGAUGAUUCCUUCCAACCAGCUCGUGUUCCCCCGCAUGCAGCAGCCCCACAACGCCAUGCAGUCUCCUGCAGGAAGCAUGCCCAUGGCCCCUGGUGGGGCAGGUGGCCCUGGCAUGCAGCAGCAUUUCCCACCAGGAAUGUCACUGCCACCCGAGGACCUUCCUACCCAGCAGCCCGGCCAGAUGCCUCCUCAGCAGCACAUGAUGGGCAAGAACAUCCCUCCUCGGAUCGGCGAGCCCUACCCAGCCGUGCUCCCCGGGGUGGCAUCGGUACUGAACGAUCCUGAGCUCAGUGAGGUCAUCCGGCCCACGCCCACAGGCAUCCCCGAGUUUGACCUCUCCAGGAUCAUCCCGUCGGAGAAGCCAAGCAGCACCUUGCAGUAUUUCCCCAAGAGUGACAGCCAAGCACCCAAAUCGCAGCCUUCCAACCUCCACCUCAUGAACCUGCAGAACAUGAUGGCUGAUCAGCCCCCCGUGAGGCCAGGUAUGAAUGCCCCCAGCCUUCCGGGGCAGCAGGGCGUGCAGAGGGGACUCGGCAUGCCCAUGUGCCAUCCUGGACAAGUGCCCAUGCUGGGCAGGACAGGCAUACCGCCCCAGCAAGGCAUGAUGGGCAACAGCAUGCAUCAGGGCAUGAUGUCUCCGCAGCAGAGCCUGAUGGCCCAGCAGAAUUUCAUGCUGAUGCAGGCCAAGCAGAGGAGCAUGUCUGUGUCGGGGGAGAUGUAUGCCCAGACAGGACACAUCAUGUCACCUCAGGGCUCUCUCAUGGGACCCCCACCGCAGCAGAACCUAAUGGUCACGCACCAGAUGAGGCAGAGGAGCGUCUCCCUGGACAGCCAAAUGAGUUACAUCCCCGGGCCGGGGAACAUGGCUAACCUGCCUUUCUAAAGCAUGGGCCUGAUUGUACAGAUGUUUUUAAACCUUUCGUUGGGGGCGGGUUGGGGGCCGACGCCAGAGGAGGACACCAAGUGGGAUGCUUUUCAUAUCGGAUUUGCCUCUAUACAGAAAACCAGAUGUGCAGUAAACUUGAUGUGAAUUGGG